CUUGACUUCACGCCCCUGCCAAGCCCAACGUCCAUCUUAUCGUCUUAUCACCCCGCCACCGUUCCCGAAUCAUUCAAGAAACACCUCACCCUUCCGGCCAUCACUCAGGAGAAAGUCGCCCAAAGAAGCAAGACUCCAGACUCCCAGGUGAUCAAUCCCUCAAGGUUCUCACAACCCUCCAACAGGUAACCUCAACCUCAGCCUCAGGCCCCAACCUCAACAAUAAAAUAAAAUGACCCAACCCUCCCUUGACCCCACCACCACCACCGCCCCCUCCUCCAGUAGCAAUGCGAGCACCACCCCGAUCCCAAUAACAAUCAUCACGGGCUUCCUCGGGGCAGGCAAGACGACACUCAUCCUGAACCUACUCCCCCAGCUGCGGGCCAUCAACCCGUCCUACCGCCUCGCCCUGCUGAAAAACGAGUUUGGCGACGUGGCCGUCGACAGCCAGCUGGCUUCAUCAUCAGCCAUCACGGGCGUGCGCGAGCUCCUCAACGGCUGCAUCUGCUGCAACCUGGUCGGGCAGCUGGGGCCGGCCUUGGAGGAACUCACUUCUUCCACGUCCACUUCUUCUGAUGGUCCAAGUGGAAAUGGACUAGACCGCGUCAUCAUCGAGACGAGCGGCAGCGCCUUCCCCGCCACGCUUGCGCUGCAGGUCAAUCGGCUCGCGCGGGAGACGCGGGGGAAGUAUGUGCUGGAUGGCGUGGUGAGUGUGGUGGAUGUGGAGAAUUGGAAGGGGUAUGAGGAUACCAGCUAUACCGCGCGCCUGCAGGCGAGGUAUACUGAUUUGGUGGUGCUUAAUAAGUGGGAGGACUGUGGUGAGCGGCGGCUGGAUGAGGUCAGAGACCGGUUGGGGGAUUUGGAGGUUGAUGUGCCCUGGGUGAAAAGUGACCGCGGCUGGGUGGAUGUUGGGGUUGUGUUUGGGAUUGACGGGGCGUUGGCUAGGGGUUUGGGGUUGGACGGCGUGGAGGAUGGGCAUGGGUAUGGGCAUGGGCACGAGCAUGAGCAUCACCAGUCUGAGGUGGAGGUGCUGUCGGUUGAGUUGAAGGGCGAUGGACGGGUGGAUGCGGGCAAGCUGAUGGGCUUUCUGAGAACCGCACCCAAGGACGAGGUGUAUAGGAUCAAGGCUGUGCUGGCGGUCUCGGGGCCGGUCAGUAACUCGGAGAAGGAUCUACCAGUGCACCAGGGAGACAGGUAUAUCUUGAACUGGGCCUUUGGAAGGUGGAGAUUCACCCCGAUAGGGGAGGGCGUCACGGAGCACGAGUCGAGCAGCGGAGCAGUCCUGAGGAUGACGAUCAUAUUGGCAAGGUACGAGAGCGACAAGUGGAAGAAGAAGUUAGAGGCUGGCGGGCUGGUAGAGUUAGAAGGGACAAACAAGGGGGCAUUGACGGUUACCAGGGUCAACUAGAUUAGAGCAUAUAGAAUAGAACAAAGAGUCUCGGUAUCAGGUGGACAACUUAGAAAAGGAAAGUAAAUAAAAAGCAAU